AUGGCCGACCAAACUACUCCAGACGAACAGACACCAGAUGGGGUCGUUCCGACAGCUGUCAAUGGCGACUUCGCAACCAACAGCGACACACAGCAAAAGGACGUACUGAUGACCGACGCCGCGAUCGAUCAAGCUUCUCCCACUCCUGCACACGCUGCUGUAAGCCCAGCUCCAGCCGGCAGGACAGGCACGCCUGCCCAAGCAUCGCGUGCUCCUUCAGUACAUCCUGACCCAGGAUUCAGCAUACCGUCGGAGGCCGCUCCCCAUGGCGAUUCCACGCGACGCUACCUGAAUACCAAGGUCACCGGCGCUCUCCUCGACGGAAUGAAACUGCUCGCUAAAGAACAGCCAGACGAUCCGCUACGGGUUCUUGGUGAAUAUCUGAUACAAAAAUCUAAAGAGAUCGAAGGGACAAAUUAA